AUGACCUCCGCGUCCCCGAAGAGGAAGAGAGAUUACCCUCACCCUCUGGACACAAAGACGCCUGGGCCUCGGUUAUUCAGUGAGAGCGACCUGGAAGAAUAUGAUGAAGGCAGUCCUCAAAGCAAAGUUGCGCGAAAGUUCGAUGACCUUGAAAUUCAUGGCCCUCAGGAUCAGGGGGACCACGACGUCAGCGGGAAUCCGAACGAGCAGCCUAUAGUCCUCUCGGUAUCAUCGGCUGGAGUACCUGACCGAGACGCGAACCUUUGGACACUAAAGAAGAAGCAAAUGUCGGAGAGUCUGACUGGUGUAACUUCUCGAGCUGAGAAUGUGCCAACGAAACCCGCAAGGAAAUCUUCCCGCUCCAAAUCUCCUCCAUUAACGAGUGAGAUAUCCAAUGAGUUUUGGCAAGAUUCUGAAAUCACGGGGCAUAUUCCUAGCGACCCUAGCGACGACGGCUAUGGAAUCAAUGGAAUCGGUUUCAAACCAACCGCGGCAGUUGCCUGGUCGAGAUCACAACGACGUAAACAACAGCUGUCCGACUACAAGAACCGCGAAACUCGAGAAGCUCGACAACAGAGGAGUGAGAGGAGAAAACGUCGUAUUGACGCAGGCGAAGAUGCGUUGUCCAUCGAGUCUUCGCCACGCAAGACCGCGCGUGUCCAUUUCGAAGACGGCUGA